AGGGCUAUUCCGUGAGACUUGGUUGGAGUCGGGUCAGUCACAACAAUAAAAAGCCACCCGCUGCUGAUUGACGGCACAAACAGUUUGCGUUCAUUCGUCGGGUCGCCCUCUAAUUUUCUCUUGAAUCAAUUGCCGUUUUACUGCGCCACCAGUCUGUGACACCAUGAAUAAGCUUUUCAUCGGAGUUCUGUUUGCCCUGGUUGGGACCAUUCUGGCCGCUCCCUCGCAGCUCGAUGGAGAGCGCGAUGUUGCCGAAUGCUUUGAGGAAAUUUUGCAAAUGCUGGAGCGGGAAAACGUGGAAGAGCUAGCCGAUGUCAUUGUGGAUGCACGGGCAACUUUCGCCGGGCUACUGGAACGCCAUCGCCGUUGCCAGGAACUGCCCCGAGAUGAUCCUCCGACACGUCUGCAGCAAGCGGCCAUCGAUGCGUGCGAAAACGCCUGGCGCCUGAGUGUGGCCUUUGAACUGGCCCGUCUUUCGGCUGCCAUUGCUCCGCACGUUUCGAACAGCCGCGAUUUGAUCGAUACCUUCCAGGAGUGUUCCGGAAUCGAGCUGGAGCGACCGGCUGCCUGAUCAUCGGGUUUAUGAGUUGUGGAUGGGCUUUGAA